AGUCUGAUGGCUCAUUUGAAUUCAGCGAUUCAGUGGGUAGAUGUGGUACAAUAGCCUAUAGUAGGUAGUUGUAGUUAAGGGUCUUUGCUUGAGUGUGUGCGUGUGUGUGUAUGUGCACUCCUAGAAUAGAAAGCCAAAGGAACAAGAAGAAGAAGGAGAAGAAGAGAGGCGGGAUCGGGCUGUGCCUUCUUGAAAUCCAGGGUGAAGCAAACAGAUAGUCUGUAAGAGAUCGAUCAGCACUUCGCGCUCGUGGAUUUGAUGGACGUUUGAUCAGUGGAUGUGAUGCCCAUAUAUAUCAUCGACCGAAAAUUUCCCGACACACCUGCUCUACACCUCAGGUGAGUUGAUACAGCUGGCAGCUGAAGGAGGAGACCUGAGAAUGACAGAGACCAACCCCCCAAAGUCGGCUAAGAAGCCCCGUUGGACCUCGCUGGAGAUCGGCCUCAUUACCAUCGUCUCCUUGCUCUUCAUCAUCAUCGUCACCCUCAUCAUCCUCUUUGCCACACAGAAGACUGAUGAAAUCUGCACUACAGCUGACUGCACACAGUCAGCGUCUCGUCUCAUUGAGAACAUGGAUGCUAGCGUGGACCCUUGUGACAACUUCUACCAGUAUGCCUGUGGAGGCUGGCUGAAAAAGAACAUCAUUCCUGAGACCAGCUCUAGAUACAGUACCUUUGACAUCUUACGAGACGAACUGGAGGUCAUUCUCAAAGGUGUCCUUGAAAAAACAGUGGAGGGGGAAGCUGCGUCUCUCACCAAGGCUAAGACCCUUUACAAGUCCUGUACCAAUGAGAGUUUAAUUGAGCUCAGAGGAGGGGCUCCUUUGCUCGACAUGCUCUCUGAUGUGUUUGAGUGGCCCAUUGCUGUGGACAACUGGGAGACCAACUAUGGUAAAACGUGGAGGUUGGAGGACGUCAUCGCAAAGCUAAAUGAGAAAUAUGGAACUCAACUCUUGGUUAACUUUUUUGUCGGCACCGAUGACAGGGACUCCAAUUCACACAUCAUUCAUUUUGACCAGCAGACAAGCCUCGGCCUCUUGUCCAGAGAUUACUAUGCCUGUACUGGACCCUACGCAGAGGCAUGUCGGGCAUACGAGCAGUUCAUGAUUGACCUAGCUAAGCUUAUCCGCACUGACCGGGGACUGGCCAUCAAUGAAACCAGCAUCAGAGAGGAGGUGACACGAGUUAUGGAUCUGGAGAGGGACAUCGCCAACGCUACUGAUACUCCAGAGGACCGUAACAAUCCAGUGUUGCUUUACAACAAGAUGGAACUGGGUGAUCUGAAUGCCAACUUCACCCUUGAGGUUGAAUCACAGGUAUUUGACUGGAGCCACUUCACAGCUAAGAUAAUGGAUACAGUCAACAUCAGCGUAACUGACACAGAGAAAGUCAUAAACUACUCCCCCAACUAUUAUAGAAGACUCAACCAUAUCUUGGCCAGAUACACCAAGAGGGAUCUCCAGAACUACAUGGUGUGGCGUUUUGCUAUGAACAUGGUGGUGGGCCUAAGCAGAACGUACAGGGACACCAGGAAGGCUUUCCGUAAGGCUCUGUCUGGUACAACGUCAGAGGCAGCAGUGUGGCGACAGUGUGCACUUUACGUCAACAACAACAUGGACAAUGCUGUAGGACGACUGUAUGUGCAGGAGGCCUUCUCUGAAAAGAGUAAAGAACUGAUGGAGGCGAUGAUCAAAGACAUUCGGGAAGUGUUCAUUAGUAACCUUGAUGACCUGACCUGGAUGGAUGCAGAGACCAAGAAAGCAGCUGAGGAGAAGGCCAGAGCUAUUCGGGAACGGAUCGGCUAUUCUGACAAUAUCAGAGAUGAUGAAUACCUUAACAAUGAGUACAAAGAUCUGAGCUACAGUGCAGAGGAGUACUUUGAAAACAUCUUACGGAACCUGGAGUAUGUGCAGAAGAAACGCCUGCGGAAACUCAGAGUCAAAGUCAACAAAGAGGAAUGGGUAACUGGAGCUGCUGUUGUCAACGCCUUCUACUCAUCCAGCAAGAACCAAAUAGUGUUCCCUGCAGGCAUACUCCAGCCGCCUUUUUUCAGCAAAGGCCAGGCUAAAUCUCUCAACUAUGGUGGCAUCGGCAUGGUAAUCGGUCACGAGAUCACACAUGGCUUUGAUGACAAUGGUCGUAACUAUGACAAGGAUGGUGACUUGAAGGACUGGUGGACACCAGACUCCACUCAUAGGUUUCUGGAGCUGUCAAAGUGCAUUGUCAAUCAGUACGGCAACUUCUCAUGGGACCUGGCCAAUGGACUUCAUUUAAAUGGUAACAACACCCUUGGGGAGAACAUUGCUGACAAUGGAGGGAUACGGCAGGCAUAUCAGGCCUAUAAGAACUAUGUGGAGAAGCAUGGAGAAGAACCACCACUGCCUGGCAUUGACCUAUCCCAUGAUCAACUCUUCUUCCUAAACUUUGCUCAGGUGUGGUGUGGAACACACCGACCAGAGCAAGCUGUUAAUUCCAUCAAAGUAGAUGUACACAGUCCAGGGAAAUUCAGGGUACUGGGCUCCCUUCAGAAUUUCCCAGAAUUUUCCAAAGCAUUCAACUGCAACAAGAGCAGCUACAUGGUCCCUGACAACAUCUGCCGUGUGUGGUGAUCAACAGACCUGGGAUGGGGACUAACAUGGGUCGUCCCUGUCCCCCUACCUCUCCCCGCUGACUGUUGCCGCACUUGUGGGGGGCUACAAGGAAGUGGAAACUCUACUUAGCUCUUUACUGAAUGGACCAUGGUGGUUGGACUGAUACUGCAGUAUGCCUUCCUGCGAGGAAAGCAAUGGACUGUGCUGUCACAGACAGACAGCACCUCUCUCAGAAUCUAAUACUGUAGUUCAUUCAAUCAGCCUGAUUAUUCUGCUACUCACUGGAUACAAUCACUCCUUGUGUUUUUCUUUUUCUUUUUUCCAUUUUCAUCUUGGUUUACUCAUCAUUUGUGAGUCUGCCAAUGUGUAUGUGAGUGUGUGUGCGUUUCAGUCAAAAUACUGUAGAAGUUGUUGGCAAGAGAGGGGCAGACAGACAAAUGUGCUCAAACCCACUGGCAUAUGAAUACAGGGCACACCCACUCACACAGAUACACAUGUAACAAGGCUGAACCACUGUACUGUAUGUGGGACUGAGCUGUAUGCCUCUCAUAAAACCACAGCUGGUUUCAGCUUUCAUCUACAUGCUGAUACACUCUAUGAUGUACUCAUUGUUAAUACGUAGAACUAGAUUAGGUAAAUUAUUGCAGAAAAUCAGAAUUUUUUUUGUUGAAUAGACAAGUAAAUAUUUAAUCGUAAUCACAUAUUACACAAUACUGUUCUAUAUUUAAUGUUAAUGACUCAGCUGCAGUUGACAGGCAGCUGCUGUUCACUAGCAGUACGUCAUAUAAACCAAAAUGAAGUUUUCGCCUUUAUGACAGCUGGUCAUGAAUCAUGGAGCUGACAAUCGACAGACACCAGACCCUUUUUAUAGGUUCACUGAGCCACAUGUGUGUUUCUGUGUUUCUAUGUGUUUUCCAGUCUUUGUACAUCAUUAUGAUCGCUGCCUACUGUUUUUCAAGCAAGUAUGCCUUACAUGAUCUGUUAUGCCACUGUGUGUGAGAGUAUGUAUGUGUAUUUGUGGGAGAACAACGUAUAAGAAAAUGUGAUAUUAAAGGAAUGGCUUGACUUUUUCUUCUUGCCCAGGGUCAGAUGAGAAGAUCAAAUUCACUCCCUGUCUUUACGCUACAGACAGUAGCCUGUUAGCUUAGCGUAGCUUAUCUUAUCUUAGCUAAAGACUGGAAAGAGCUAGCCUGGCUCUGCCCAAAGAUAAAAGAUUUGUUUACAGGCACCUCUAAAGCUCACUGAUUACCAUGUUAUUUGUCUUUUGUUUAAUCGGUACAAAAAGUUUGUGGUUUAUGUUUCUUGGCUGGAAGGAAAGUGACUUUCUGGAGACUCCACCAGUCUGGCAACCUGAUGGUGAUGACAAGACUCCUGUUUACCCCUCAAUUUUUCUAUGGAUUAAACAAACAAAAUAUAACUUGUUAAUUGCUAGCUAUGCUAAGUUAACCAUCUCCUGGCAAUAGCUUUAUAUUUAAUAAUGAUAUGAGAGUGGUAUCAAUAUCCUUAACUAACUCUUGGCAAGAAAGCGUAGUGUAUUUCACAACAUGUUUAACUAUUCCUUUAAGAAAGAUGUAGUGAUUUCUCAGUUUGAUCUUGGCUUAAUGGUGUAUUGCCCAUCUUUAUUUCUAUUUUUUUUUUUACAAAUUCAAGCAAAAUAUAAUUGAUUAAUUGACAGAUGAUAUAAUUAAGCUUUCAAAGGAAUGUUUAUGCUUAUCUAUUUCAAGUCAAGCCAAGUCCUUGCUGGAACCUAAUGAACUUUUCAAAAGUGCAUGCAUUCUUCUGAAUUCAGAAAGUUAUAUCAAGUCAGUGGAUCCCAGUUUAGGAUUCAUUAUUUUCAUGUUAUCAUACAAGGUUGCUAAUUGUGGAAAAUGUUGCCUUUGCCUUUUUUAUAGAAAAUAGUGCAAUGAAUGAUGUGCCAUGAUCACGUAGACCACUUCUUCAGGCUGUAUACAGCACCCUCCAUGCCCAGCAUUUAUACAUUGCUGUUUACCUUUGUUUUGUUAUCAUUGUUUGUGCAAGAUUUUUGUCACUGUCGUUCACUCCCUCAGGCUUUCUUUCUUUCUGCCUCUCUCCCUCUCACACUCCACCUGUAGAAAGACAGAUAUACCUCAGUUGCCUGUAUUUAGAUACUUUAUAAUAAUGACUGAUAAUCAUCUUGAGGUGCAUUUGUUUUCUUUCAAAAUAAAUCUUUAAAUAACAA